GGUAUCUGAGGUUCGUCCUAUUUACUGGAGCAGUGAUCAAAGUUUGAGUGCAUAAGAACCUUAUGGGAUGGGGAUGAUUCUUCCAGGUAUUAGUCAAACCCUCCAGUGUUACGUGGUGUUAUUGUUUUACAAAAAAUUGAUUUCUAUUGUAAAAUGCAUUAAGUUAUAAAAUAUAAUUUGAUGGUUUAAAGAAUUAUUUGACAAGUAGCCAUGGUAUACGUGGGUUAACGCCCUUCGAGGUGUCCAUUGUCAGGUAUUAAGGUUUGAAUAUUUGUAGUGGAGUUUUUCCAUGUUCAGCUUUGUUGUGGUUGUUUUUCUUGGACCUGUGUGUAAUUUGUAGGUGUUCACGUAUACCGGGCCUAUAAAGCUGAGUGUGAUACGAGAGGGAGGAGCACUGAAAGGUGAAAGUAAGAAGUCAGAAAGCCAGACUUCAUUUUACACUCGACAGAGCAGAAUCAGGACUUGAGAAGAUGAGUGAUUUAGAAGAAGACGAGGACAGAUCAAAGUCUCUGGUCUGCAGAGGUCCCUCUAUGGAGUGGGAGCAGUCUGAAGAUGAUCGAAAAAACGUCAGUAAUGAACCUGGACCCUCAGACACAAAAAAGAUGAAGAGGAGUGAUGUAUCUGAGGAGGAGCAGCCGUCCAGAUCCAGUACCAGAACCAGAGCUGGACUGCAAACAGCCAGUCAGAGCAGCUCUGUACAAAUGAAUGUUGGUUGGCAGAAACAUAAGAUCAGGAUGAAGGGGACAUUUAAACAUGUGACUGAAGGAGAUGAAACAGGAAGUGAAACCCUCCUCAACAGGAUCUACACUGCAAUCUACCUCACAGAGGGACCGAGUGAAGACGUUAAUACCCAGCAUGAGGUGAGGCAGCUCGAGAGAGCUUCCAAGAUGAAGAAUCUUGACGACUCUCCAAUCAAGUGCUGCGACAUCUUUAAAGCCUCACCUGACCAACAGAAACACAUCAGAGUCGUCCUGACUAAUGGUGUCGCUGGCGUUGGAAAAACCUGCUUAGUGCAGAAGUUCUGUCUGGACUGGGCAGAGGGUUUGGAAAACAAAGAUAUCAGUCUGGUGAUCCCACUGUCGUUCAGGGAGCUGAACUUGAUCAAAGAUGAGCAGUACAGUCUUCUGGAGCUGACCCAUGUUUUCCAUCCAGCAUUACAGGAGGUCACAGCAAAUGAACUCACUGGCUCUAAAGUUCUGUUCAUCUUUGACGGCCUGGAUGAAAGCAGACUUUUACUGGAUUUCAAGAAGAGGAAGGCUGUUUCUGAUGUCACACAGAAGUCAUCAGUUAACGUGCUGUUGACAAACCUCAUCCAGGGGCAGCUGCUUUCCUCGGCUCUCGUCUGGAUAACUUCCCGACCUGCAGCAGCCAAUCAGAUCCCUCCUACAUGUGUUGACAGGGUAACAGAAGUACGAGGCUUCACUGACGCCCAGAAAGAGGAGUACUUCAGGAAGAGAUUCAGUGAUAAAAAGCUGUCCAGCAGAAUCAUCUCCCACAUCAAGACAUCCAGGAGCCUCUACAUCAUGUGUCUUCUCCCAGUCUUCAGCUGGAUCACUGCUACAGUUCUGGACCACAUGUUGACUACAGACCAGAGAGGAGAGCUGCCCAAGACCCUGACUGACAUGUACUCACACUUCCUACUGGUUCAGACAAGGAGGAAGAAGCACAAGUAUGCUGAGGGACAUGAGACGAGUCCACAGGAGCUGACGGAGGCUGACAGGGAAGUUCUUCUGAAGCUGGGGAGGCUGGCAUUUCAACAGCUGGAGAAAGGAAACAUCAUGUUCUACCAAGAAGACCUGGAGCGCUGUGGUCUGGAUGUCACAGAGGCCUCGGUGUACUCAGGAGUUUGUACAGAGAUCUUCAAAAACAAGAGUGUGAUCUUUCAGAAAACAGUCUACUGCUUUGUUCAUCUGAGCGUUCAGGAGUUUCUGGCUGCAGUCUAUUUCUACCACUGUUACACCAACAGGAACACAGAGGUACUGGAGGACUUCCUGAGAGAAGAUAGGGACCCAUUGCUGGGUGUGAGUGACAGUGAUGGCAAUGUUCAUGAUUACAGAAGCCUAGAUGUCUUCUUGCAGAGAGCCAUGGAGAAAUCCCUGAACAGUAAAAAUGGCCACCUGGACCUGUUUGUCCGCUUCCUCCAUGGACUCUCUCUGGAGUCCAACCAAAGAUUGUUAGGAGGUCUUCUGGGUCGGACAGACAACAGUCCAAAAAUGAUCCAAAGAGCCAUCAACAACCUGAAGAAGAUCAACAUGGACGAGAUCUCUCCUGACAGGAGCAUCAACAUCUUCCACUGUCUGACGGAGAUGAACGACCACUCAGUCCAUCAGGAGAUUCAAGAGUUCCUGAAGUCAGGGAACAGAUCAAAAAAGAUACUUUCAGAGAUCCACUGCUCAGCUCUGGCCUACAUACUGCAGAUGUCAGAGGAGGUUCUGGAUGAGUUGAACCUGAAGGAAUACAACACAACGGUGGAGGGACGUCGGAGACUAAUUCCAGCUGUGAGGAACUGCAGAAACGCUGUACUUUCUGGCUGCAGAAUCUCAGAGACUCACUGUGAAGUUGUGGCCUCAGCUCUGAAGUCCAACCCCUCCCAUUUGAGGAAGCUGGACCUUAGUGACAAUAACCUGUAUGUUCCAGCAGUGAAGUUUCUGUCUGCUGGACUGAGGAGUCCAAACUGUAGACUGGAGACGUUGAGAUUAAAUGACUGCAGUUUGUCAAAGACCAGCUGUGCUUCUCUGGCCUCAGCUCUAAAGUCCAACCCCUCCCAUCUGAGGGAGCUGGAGCUGAGUAACAACAAGCUGCAGGAUUCAGGAGUGAAGAUGCUGUCUGGUUUUCUGGAGAGUCCAAACUGUAGACUGCAGACUCUGAGAUGUUGGAACUGCACUUUGUCAGAGAAGAGCUGUGAUUAUCUGGCCUCAGCGCUGAAGUCCAACCCCUCCCAUCUGAGGGAGCUGGACCUGAUGGACAACAAGCUGGAGGAUUCAGGAGUGACGCUGCUUUGUGGUUUUCUAGAGAGCCCAAACUGUGGACUGAAGACUCUGAGAUUGAGUGGCUGCAGUUUGUCCGAGAUCAGCUGUGCUUCUCUGGACUCAGCUUUGAAGACCAACCCCUCCCAUCUGAGAGAGCUGGAGCUGGGUAACAACGAGCUACUGGAUUCAGGAUUGAAGCUGCUCUCUAAUCAUGUGGAGAGUCCAAACUGUAGACUCAAGACUCUGAGGAUCGAUGACGUGUUGAUCACAGAUGAGAAACAAAAGAAAUGUCAAAGAGGGGAAAAUCUACGGGGAAAUGUCCCAGCAGAGGAGGACAGUGUCCCAGCAAAGAACAGCGUCCCAGCAGAGGACAACGUCCAAGCUGACGAGAAGCUGCGCUCAGUUCGGAAAGAGUUUAUCAACAGAGUGUCUGAAUCUGUUCUAAACCAGCUUCUGGAUGAACUUGUUGAGGUUAAAGUGAUAAAUGAUGGUGAAAUGCAGUCCAUCAGAAUAAAAGCCAGAUACGACAAAGCAGUAGAAGUGAUCGACACGGUGCGAGGAAAGGGAGCUAAAGCCAGCUCAGUUAUGAUCGACGCUCUCUGCAAGUUAGACCGAUUCCUUUCCGAAGAGCUGAACCUCAGCUGAAGCAAAAAGAAACCGUGGAGUGUGAUGAUAAAUCUCUAUAACAGCUUACUGUUAUGCCAUGAAAGCCUGUGACUUUAAUAAGUUGACUUUGUACUCAACUUUGGAAACAAAAAGGCCUCAUACUGUGGUCGAACAAAAUAUUUUUCCACUGGAAUUUUUGGUGCCACUUUUUUUUACUGUAUAUUUGGGUUCCUGAAAUAACUUAUAAGCUAAUAUUAAAGCACUUGUCUGUGUACAUUAAGGCUGUGACGAUAACCGCAUCACCUCAAUACCGGCUGUGACGUGCCACUACCUUAUUUCUUUACUUUUUGCUUGUGGAAGUUACAGGAGAACAGAUAUUGUGUGAUAGGAAAUAUAAUGAAAGCAAUAAUCAUAAUAAUAAUAAUAAUAAUCACUGUGUAGUUAUCCUCAUCGACUGUCUUUUAUCCUACAUUCAAGAGUUGUUUGUCACUUCAGCUUUGCACAUGAGGAUGGACAGUCCAUUGAGCUGAGGUGGACGUGGACACAUUAACGUUAACGCUGUAGUGUUUACCAUUGCACAUUAGCCUACAGCUAGCGGAGUUCCCUCUGCGUAUAGCUUAAUCCUGACAAAACCGCACAGUUGAGUUUCAGCCUGCAUGUACGUUUUGUAGAACGGUUAUAUUAGAGAGAGCAACAAGUGAGAGGACGGCCGAGUCACCCUCUCUGCUCUCUGUCUGCUCAGCUGCUAAGACCGCUGUGCUGCGAAGCGUCUGCCAUCGGCAUUGUCGGCAAACUUUUAUUUUUAUUUUUACUUUAUUGACAAAAGAGCUUCCUGAACUGUCUGUGGAAUAGAUCAAUGGAAAGGAGAGAAAGCAGAGGGGUCGUAAAUGACAGUAAAGACUCUCACAUUGAGCUGAAAUGGAAAGAGUUAAGCCAAUGUUUUUCGGGGGUAACGCCAUUCACUUUACCGGCAGUAUUAACAACAUAUAAAGCCAUAGAAAGUGUCUUGAGAAGCUCUAGCUUCAUGUUGUUUUAUGUUCACUUUUAACUCACUUUACAUCAUCUUUGCUAUCUCUUUUUCCUCUCACUUUUCCUUACAGCGGCACUCAUAUGCGCUACUCUCCGUUACCGCUCGCUGUCCACACGGGCACUGAUGUCACUCACUUAAGGCACCCUGCCAUUCUCGCUCUAACUUAGGCUACUCUCGUAAGGGGGUUGCGGUUAACCGCCAUACCGCGGUUAAGAAAAACACCAUACCGGCACAGCCCUAGUUUACAUAUUUAUUAACAAUGUCCAAUCAUUUUUGUCUCCUAAACAAUUUUUGCUUUCAGGUUAUUUUGCUUUGCUUUCUAAAGACAUAAUUGGUCAGAGAGAUGGGCAUUAUUUCAAUUAAAUUUAUUAAAAAUACAUAUUUAAUUACUUUGAAGUAUUUUGUCAUUUUUGUAUUUAGCUGUACAGAAGAAAUAAGAUGUAAUUUGUAAGAAAAUCAGUCUUUGGCUAAAUGCAACUGAAUCACGUGACAUGUCCACGUCGGAUCCAGCAAUGCUGUCAUGUCCAGCUCCCAAUCAUAAGGUCAUGUUUGUGUGGUUUUGUGUUUAUUUCUGCACUUUUUUGCCACUUCCUAUUUCUUUUAGCGUUCCACGUUGUUUUCCUUGUGUGCUUUUUGAGUUUUAUGACCCUGCUUCGAUCCCUGUCCCUGUGUUUUGGUACUUUAGCCUGUGUUUUUUUUUUUACACCUGUCAACAAGUCGUGCAUUUGUGAGUCCAUUAUCCUGUGUGAGCUAUCUGGCAGUACGAACUGGCCACUUCUGCAUUUUCCCCUUUUCCUGUGAGCGUCACUUUCUCUUUCACAAGUUCUCCAAGCCACCUCCAUCACAUAGUAUAGUAGUGUUAAAGUGAACAGCUGAAAUUGUGAAAAGUGUCGACCAGGGAAGGGGAAAAUUCAGAAAGCUCUACCAGGAGGUACCUGCACUGUAAAUCCUAUGUUGUUGAGAUACAGGGGAAUUUAUUUCUAGUUAUUGUGCUUUUGGCGUCGAGUGUUCCUGUGCUGUAAAUCCUGCUGAGAUGCAGGUGAAGCUGUUGGGUGCUCGUCAGUGUACCUGCCCUGCUUGGAUUGGGGCGUUCUUCCAGUCUGGGCCUGGAUGUAUGAAACAGUCUGAGAAUGGGAAUCAGUUGUCUAUGUGGAGAAAUGGAGAUGGCUAAGAUGAAGCUGGCGCAGACAGAGCUGGCAAACAGGCGAUCCUGAGGCACAGUGACCAUGCAGAGAAGGAAGUCGCUCCAGAAGAGCGGAACGAUGUCACACACGAGGAAGCUGUGGGAGGAGAGCGCCCGAUUGGUCGGAUUAAAGGACACAUUAAACAGAAAUUCACAGAAGCAGUUUGAGCAACAGUUUCAAGUUUAUUCACACAUGUCUGAUGGAUAGAGGAGUCCAAACUGUAGACUGGAGACGUUGAGGUCAGCUCACUGACUGUAGCUCAUGUGUUCUUUUUGG